UGUUUAAACGGUUGCUUAGUAACGUGAUCACAACUAAGUACGGGGAGUGAUUGCAAGGUACAAUUGAGAGGUUCAUAGUUUGAUAAAUUCAGUACUGGUCCGGUCAUACUCUUGGUGACUUGUAAAACUCGCGCAUAGGUGACGCGCACUUGAAUACGUGUAUUAUACUUUUUUUUUUAAUUUUACACUUUAAAUUAAUACGUCCGUCUUUCUCUACCGUUUAAAUAUCCAUUAUUAACUUUUAGUGUGUGUGGGUUAUUAUCGCAAUUGUAAUGCGCCUACGUCACAUUUACGGUUAACUGUGUACCUGAUUCACAAAUACCUAAUACAAAUUGGUACGUAAGCCAGUUGGAGGGAUUAUUAUUGGUACCUAAUUCAAACGUGAACACAAAACGUGAACGAGUUUAUUUAAAAGCAACAAUGCGAUUAUGGGCUUCAUGGUUCGUGUCAUACUAGGUGUGUUCCUAGUCUUAUCAGCACGGCAUUUGGCAGAAUGUGCUCCUUCUGCUUUACAGCGCCACGUUCGUCAACUAGCAGAAGAAGAUGCGGCGCCGGAAGUACCAAUCAUAGAAGACGAGCCGAGUAGAAUAAAUCAAUCUGAUGCCAAGGAAGAUUUUUAUACGAAUAGUGUGAUUAACCACACUUCGCUUACUAACAGCACCGUACAAAAUAGCAAAACCUCUUUGUUGGACGAAAAACCAAAGACUGAGAGUAAUAAACAAUUUAAUAAUGUAGAGUAUUCGGAGGAUAACAAAAGAACAGAAAGUGAUGUUACCGUUCACUAUUUUGAGAAUGUUUCUGUUGCACCGGUUUUAAUUGCCGAGGGAACACCGGUUAGUUCCACGGAAAAAGUAAGGGAAGAAGGUGGAAGAUCUUUAGACUUCACUAAAUACGUUUCCCCAGAAUUUCACGACAGAAACAACGUGUACAGCUUCCCAAUUUCUUCAGAUACGGAAAAAUACACUAAUCUUCACAACGAUAUAAGUUUCACAAGUACCCCCUCAUAUGAUUUUGAUAAAAAACAACGCGAUAUAGAAACGGAUGUUAAGGACAAGUUAAAGUACAUUGAUCGAGAGUUUGAACAAGCGGAGAGAAAUUUUUCAGACGGCACUGAUUUAUCGAAUACUAAAAUAAUAAACGUCCCCAAGGAGAAUGACACAUCCUCUGAGUUACGGUAUACCAAAUCCAGGAAUAUUACGAGCCACUUUUAUAAGAUAAAAAAUAAAAUAAAUAAAGAAACUGAUGUCGAAACAGGCGAAAGUAUCGAUCAUACGUCAUCGUUCAAUAAAACGACCUACUUUGAUGAACCGCCUAAAGACUAUAAAAAUAAGAUAUCUUCUGGCGUUGGCCUGCAGUUAGCUCACAAAGUUACUACAGAGACGACUAUUGCGAAAAGCAUAGAUAGUACCAAUGAUAAGGUAAAAGAGUCUACAAAUCAAAGAGAUGGCGCUUUUCUAACCAAGCCCCCACUCCCUAAUCGAACAGUCAACUCUAAUCACUUACUCAGUAAUAAGAUAGAGAACGAGGUUUUGACUUCUGAUAGUGUCUCUAAGCCAAAGAGUGAUUUUCCAUAUUUCACUACGGAUCGGCCUACAGCAACGGCGACUCGUACGACAACCGUCAGUGGCACCGAACCUUACCGCUAUGAAAAUUCUAGAAAAGAAAACGGAAUUUCGAUCGCUAAAAGAGGUUCUACGAAAUAUGCCGACACAAUUACAUCUGCAGUUCCCACUAGUACUACAACUGCUAAACCCAGCAUAAAGGAAAAUGGAACUUCGAGCCUCCAACGUAACGGGACUGCUGAAGAAGUUGUACAGGAAAAUCAUAUCUAUCCUGUACAAGUUCCCGCUCCAACUACGAUUACUACAACGGAAAUGUUGCAGUACUCACAAACCGAAAUGGAGGACUCGCUUUCUAACACGACAUAUUUGGAUACAACCGAAAUGACUCAAGAAAUAUAUAAUGCAACUACAUCUACAGUUGUAACGACAACUAUGGCAACUACGGAAAUGUUACAAACAACAACGGAGAGUCCUAGAUUUGCUACUGAAGUCGACAUUGAAAGUUACUUCGAAUCUACUACCGAUGAAAACCCAGAAACAAGUACGGCUUCUACGACUGAAUACACUUUCAUGACAUAUACCGAUAUUCUACCAAACACCAGCCCGAGAACAACUGCGGAGCUAGAUAGAGUUAGUAGCGGGAGAGGUUUCAACUUUAGCAGUACGGGAUUCGAGUACCAAACAUCGCAAGAUAAAUCGGACAAUACAACUGAUACCCCCAACAUGACAACGCAAACCCCAAUCUCAAACAUUACCACUGAAGAAAUUGUACCAACGACAACUGACUAUCGAGAUAACAUCAUCGUGAAACAUCCGGAAACGACCACCGCGAAACACUCCAAUUUCCAACCUAGAACUAACGUCUCUUCCGAUAGUAGCGCCGAAGAAACUGAGACGUACAAGGAGAUAACGAAGAAAAGUGCCGACUCUCAAAUUACCACCCAAAGGUACCUUAUACGUACGCAUUCGUCUGAGCCAACAUCAGAAAGCACCCCCUUUAUUAUUCCCCUCAACAUUUCCAUGUACGAAUUUGAUUCCGCCGAGUCUACAACGGUAAACAUGGGCAUGGAAGAGCCCGAAGAGAGUAACGGUGGGAAAAUUGCCGCAAUUGUGAUUUCUGCGAUCGGGGCCGUUUGUUUAGUGCUGUUAGCUGGAUUAUUGUUUGUCAUGAGAAAGCGACAUAAGCGUUUUAAUUAUGGUCAAAGGUGCACGCCGGUUAGCUUAGAUGCGUACAGCGUCGACAAUGUUUCUGUCUAUAACAGCAUGAGGAGGAAAAGUGCGAUGCGGGCCAGCAAGAGAUCUUACGGUAACCUUGCGUUUGAUGAUCCCUCCUCCAUCACAAACCCGUUGAAUUUUCCUGCACUGGCCAAGUUUGCUAAUAAUGCGGAGGCGAUAGCUGCUGAGUUUGAGGAAGUGCCCCAAGUAACGGCACAAACCAAUGAGUUACCAGAAGGCUGUGAAACUAAGAAUCGAUACGCUAACGUUAUCCCUCUUCCGGAAACAAGAGUAUUUCUAACCCCGGUCGAGGGUUAUAUUAAUAGCGAUUAUAUAAAUGCUAAUUAUGUUACCGGUCCUAAAAGCACAAAGAAUUACUACAUCGCGUGUCAAGCGCCGAUGCAAAACACAGUGGAAGACUUUUGGAGAAUGGUCUGGGAGCAACAGUCGAAAGUUAUACUUAUGUUAACGCAUCUGUUUGAAAAUGGAGGGGAGAAGUGUGUUGACUACUUACCACCAUCUGAAGUUCUUGACUGUCACAGACUGUUCGGCGAUUUCCAGAUCACAUUGAAAAAUAGGGAAGUUAAGGAAAAAUACGUGAUAUCUGUCUUACAACUUAAAAAUAUGGUUUCUAAUAGUUGGAGGGAAGUAACGCAUUUAUGGUACCUGGGUUGGCCCGAAAAGGGUGUACCGUCUGAAGCAAAUUCUUUAAUUGCGUUUCUCAUUGAGGCACGCAGUUAUAUCAAAGCUUUACCUUCUAGUGAGAAUGGAAAGACUAGCAAUGGCGAAUCACUAGCUAAUGGAACUCUAAACUUGGAAUACAGUCCUAUAGUCGUCCAUUGCAGUCCAGGAACAGGAAGAACAGGAACUGUUAUUGCGUGUGACAUUGCGAUAAGGGAGUUUGAACUUGCGAGACAAGUCGACAUACCAAAAACGGUGUACAGAAUUCGCCGUGAUAGAGCCAGCUCUGUUCAAACGAAAGAACAGUACGAAUUCAUCUAUAACGUGAUCACUUUGUACGCAACCAAACUAACUGGAGGAGUCUUAGAUUCUUUGUAAGCUAUAGCACGUAGGUAUAUGAUGUUCAAAUUGUGAUUUCUAUAUUAAGAAAGACAUAUCAAAAGGUGGGACCAAAUUUUGAGUAACUACAUACAGUGUUAUGUAUUGGAGUUAGUGAACAAGUUCGAUAAUAUGAGGGUAUUUGUAUAUAAAUAUUUUUGUAUAAUUAGUAAAUUGUA